AUGACCGACACAGCGCGAAACCUCAUGAACGGUAUAUCCGGAGCCCUAGCCUCAGAAGGCGACAUGCUCCAAAUGACACUGGUAACCCUAAUCGGCCUAUCCUGGUACAACAUCGCCGAACUAGUCGUCCUCGUGCCAUCCACCUUCCGCCGCUGGCGAGGCCUCUACUUUUGGUCCCUCCUCAUAUCCGGCAUCCUAGGCGUAGUCCCUUACUCAACGGGCUUCCUAAUGAAAUUCUUCACCCAAGCCGACAGCGUCCUCUCCGUCACCGUCCUGACAAUCGGCUGGUGGACAAUGGUAACAGGCCAAUCAAUCGUCCUAUACUCACGCCUACACCUCGUCCUCCGCGACGAGCGAAUCCUCCGCCGCGUCCUGAGACUCAUAGUCGCAAACUUCUUCCUCCUGCACGUCCCGACAACGGUCCUAACCUACGGCGCAAAUAUAGUCCACGCCGACAAUUCGGCCUGGGUAAUCGGGUACAACAUCAUGGAGAAGGUCCAACUAACCGGCUUCACGAUCCAAGAAGGCCUGCUCUCAACAUUGUACGUCAUUGAAACGGUGAAACUCCUCCGUCUCGGCGCAGACGCCGCGACCCGACCAGACAGCCGCUCAAUAAUGUACGAGCUGAUCGGGAUAAACUGCGCGAUUAUGGCGAUGGAUAUGCUGCUGCUUAGUCUUGAGUAUGCGAAUUUGUACGCGGUGCAGAUCACGCUGAAGGGGUUUAUCUAUUCGCUGAAGCUGAAGCUUGAAUUUGCUGUGUUGGGCCGUUUGGUCGAUCUGAUUCAGGGGUCUAGGCAUCCUGUUUCUAUCGCUAUUGCUGAUACGUUUCCGCUUUGUUCGUUCACGAGGCAGACGGAUGAGAAUGAGGGUGGCAUUGAAUCUGGUGGGCGGGAUGGGGUGGAUGGGGAGGCGCAGUGUGUGUCUGUUGCGAAGGAUUUUCUUGCUGCGCCGGUUCAUGUGACGGUUAUUGGGGGAAGAGGUCAUCAUAGUGUGCCAUGA